AGUAAUGAGCGCGUGCGCGCUCCCGCGUGAGGGGUUGAGGUCUCGUGAGGUUAGCACUGUAACACGUUCUGGUUAAACGGGGAUUGCUCUGUCCACCCACAACGGUGUUUGUCAGCAGAAUGAGGAGACAAGAAAACCAGCCUGUCAGACCUACAACGGGCUACCUUCCUGUGCCGCUCUUUAACCAGAGGAAGAGAAACAGAAUUCCUCUGACUUCUGUUCCUUGUGAGAAUGAAUUCUAUUUGCACAGUGAAUAUCCUACAAAAAGCAACUCAUCUGCACAUGAAGGAGCUCCAGAGCAUCGUGAUGGUCCCCCUGUUUCGGCUCACUCAGCUUUUGCAGCUCAAAGCCACCAGUGGAACAAACCAUCUACUCCUCAUUCUAAUCCCUGCCAGCCAUAUGGCAGCAGCAGGCCUUUACUGGGACCCUCCCCUCCUUUGAGGGGCUACGUACCUGUGCCUCAUCCAUACAGAAGUGGAGCCUCCAGAACCAACCAGUCUGAGGACCCUUUUAUAAAACACGAUUCUUUGUCCAGGUCUUAUUCUGGACAGAGAAUGAAUGUUCAAAGCAAAAUGAAAGCUAACGCCGGGCCUUCCCCGAUGUCCCAGCUAUCAUCUUACGAGUCGGCCACAUCCAGUCCCCAGUUUUCCCAGCAGUCUAGAGCUGCACCUCUGUCUGCCCCCAGACAGCCUUAUGCCCAAACUGCACAACCACCAAACAACUCCUGGAAAUUCACCAACAGCUUUGAGUCGCAGACGUCUCCUGUUGUGGAGAAAAAGAAGUCGAACCAGCCUCAAUCUGCUCGACAAGCUAAACCUCGGCCAGAAACCUUUCCAGUCAAACCAGCCAUAGAAAACUCCCUGAGGAUCUUGACUGCAGUGAUCCGCGGAAUGAGACACUGGAGCCAGUUUAAAGACAAAGUCCCGCACCUGUUUGAGAUAUUUGCUACUCUGGAUUCUGCUGUGACACUGGGGCGCUACGGAGCCAAGAACUUCCUCAUGAGAGACGGGAAGGAGGUCCUCCAGUGUGUUUAUUAUGAAACAGAACAGGUUCUGCCCCGUCUGAUCCGUGGACAGGUCCACCGCUGUGUUGGCAGCUAUGACCGAAGCAGAGACGUCCUGAUGUGCGUGUCUGUGCGCGCUGGCCUGCCGUCAGAGCUGAGGAACGCUCAGGAGGCUGUGAAGGCCUGUGAUGCAGAAAUGAGAGCGCUGGUAAAGACGCUCUCUGAGGUUUGAGCGUCAACUGCUCUUGGUAAAGAGUUGUUCUAAGUAGUUGCUGUUUUAAAAAAAAAGUCUGUUUCCGUUCCUGUUUCAUUGCAAACCUCAAUGUUUCUUGUCUACGUUUCAAUUUCUUGUUAAAUUCCCUUGUUCUCCUGACAUAAAUGGUUGUUCUCUGAACAGAUAAAAUUGCAUUUAUGUUGAAUACAGAAAGUAAAGUCUC